AUGUACAACUAUCAAGCGCCCGGCCAAUAUGGUGGUCCUCCUGGAUAUGGCGGAUUUCCCGGCCAAUCCAACUCUCCCCCCGGAGUGGGCGCGCCAGGCAUGGGUCCCCCGGGGUCUUCAGCUCCACCAGGUGUAGGCGCACCUCCAGGCGUUGGAUCACUCCAGAACCCUCUUCCGAACCGACCAACCGGCCUGCCAGCCAACUUCCAACCCCCCGCGAACAUGCCCAACAUCAACUUCUCCGCACCCGUCAUCCGACUCGGGACCACAGGCCCCGGCAAGGCCGGACCAGGGGAAGGUCGACGAGACGACAGUGGCCCACGAGGGAGUCGCUCUGGGCUAGGGAUGGGUGACUUCCGCGGGGACGGACAACGCCAGCAGAUGCGGGACGCGAUGGCCGCGUUGGUGCCGCCGACGCGCGAGGAGAUUGCGCGCACGAUCUUCGUGGGCAACAUCACAGCCGGAGUGGGCGGCAACGACGGCAUGGAGCGGAUCCUACGAAGCGCGGGACAUCUGCGACGGUGGACGCGGGCGACGGAUGCAGAUGGGAAGGAGAUGGAUUUUGGGUUCGCGGAGUUUGAGGAUGCGGAGAGCCUGGAGACGGCGGCGGACGUGCUGCAGGACGUGAUGGUGCCGGUGAAGAAGGCGGAAGCGGGAAAGUCUUCCGAUGAAGAGAUGGAGAAGUCAAAGUUGCUGGUCAUUGUCGACGACGCGUCGAAGAAGUACGCGGAGGAAUGGAGAAUCAAACGAACCGAAGACCCUUCACAGCACGCUUUCAGAGUUGACACGGCGCGAGAUGCAUUGACUGGGGUCCUAGCGAGCCUUUUCAACCCGAUGCCCGACGUCUCCAGGGAUGCGGAUGGCGAUAGCUCGAUGCGCGACGAGAAGCAAGAAGCCGAUCCCGUCACUGGGGAGAUCAUCACCAUCCCAAUCACCGUCGAAGACGAGCUCUCCGACAUCCCCGCUGAGAUGCGGGAGAUUGUCGCCGGAGAAAUCGCUGCGUUCCGGGAACGAAGCAACCGCCGCGACCAGGAGCGACUGCGACGCGAAGAAGAACUCGAAAAUGUCGAAAAGCAGCGUAACAUCACAUCCCGACUCAGCCGUCUCGCAUCUCCGCCUCAUACCGCACCGACCGGACCCGGCGGCGCCAAUCACAUCCCCACCGGCCCAGCGGGCGCCCCUAGCGGCCCCAAAGCGCUCGCCCCCACCAACGGCGUCUCCUUCGUCAACGGCGCCUCUAAUGGCCUCUCUACCUGGCUCGGCAAAGAAGACACCGACAGCGACGCGUCCGACUCCGAACUCGAACGUCGCCGCGCCGACAAAAAACGCGCCGACCUCGACAAGCUCGCGCACGACUACUCCCGCCGCUGGGAAAACCGCGAGCGCUCCCGCGCUGCCGCCGUCGAGCGCGAGCAAGCCCGCGACGAGGACGACGAACGCGCCCGCGCCAAGGAGAAGGCGUCCCUAGCCCAGCGGCUCCGCGACUGGAACGACGACGCCGAGGCCGCCCGCAAGACGGACGACUACUACCUCGACCGCAGUCUCUGGCUGCGCAAGCGCGCGGCGAUCCGCGGGCGCGAGGCGCUGAACGACGAGCGCGACCGCGUGGCGGAGGGGCUGGAGCAGGCAAAGGACCACGAGCGGCGGGAGCAGGCGCGGGACAUGGCGGACUCGUUCCUCAGUACGCAGGCGCGGGAGUUCGGGGCGCCGGCGGCGGGGACGGUGGCGAGGGAACCGGCAAGGUUUAAGAUGUCGUUGGGGGCGGCGGCGCAGAAGGCGCAGGCGGCGGCGGCGCCGAGGCGGACGGUGGCGGAGGUAGAGGGGCUGUUGGAGGAUGAGGAGGAGGGGCAGGCGACAGGGCGGCGGACGUUGGUGCCGAUUCAGUAUGACGCGGCGGAGGCGGGCGGGGCGGGGUUGAGUGAGGAGGAGCGGGCGCAGGCGGUCAAGGCGCUGGCGGGGGAGAUUCCGACGGAUCGGGAAGGGUUGUGGGGUUGGAAAGUGCGGUGGGAGUUUGUGGACGACGCGGUGGUGAGCGAGCAGUUGAAGCCAUUCGUGGAGAAGAAGAUCGUGGAGUAUCUGGGUGUGCAGGAGCAGAUGCUGGUGGAUGUGGUGGAGGAACAUAUCCGCAAGCGGGGGGCGCCGGGGGAAUUGGUGGGGGAGUUGGAAGGGGCAUUGGACGAGGAGGCGGAGAAUUUGGUGAAGAAGCUCUGGCGUAUGAUCAUCUUCUUCUCCGAGAGCGAGAAGCGUGGGUUGUCGACUUGA